CAGUUGAUUCUUAAGUAUCAGGAUAAAACAAUAGAAGUCCCGACCUCGUAUACUGGUAAUGAACCCCUAAAGCAAGAGAAGAAAGGGGAUGAAUGGAAUGUAGAAAGUGGUGACACCUUUGAUGAGUUCACUUAUGAGAAAGAAGAGCUUAAUGAAGCAGAAGGAUAUUGCACUGUAGAAUCGUCAGACGAUGAGCUACCUACUCAAGAAAGGGAGGAGCUUGCACUUACCAAGGAAGAGAGACUAGAUAAACUAGUCCAGAAUGAACUUCUAACUGAGAAAAGAAAGAAAAGAAGUCCAGGAAUUCUUUCAUCUUAG